GCACCAAAGGAAGAAACAAAGGGGAAUUUACAAAUCUUCAAGGUGUAGCUGCAUCUACAAAUGGAAAAGUAUUAAUAGCAGACAGUAACAACCAGUGUGUGCAGAUAUUUUCCAAUGAUGGUCAGUUCAAAAGCCGUUUUGGCAUACGAGGAAGGUCUCCCGGCCAGUUGCAGAGGCCAACAGGAGUGGCUGUGCAUCCCAGUGGUGACAUCAUUAUUGCAGAUUAUGAUAACAAAUGGGUUAGCAUAUUCUCAUCAGAUGGCAAAUUUAAGGCCAAAAUUGGGUCUGGAAAGCUCAUGGGCCCUAAAGGUGUUUCUGUGGAUCGUAAUGGACACAUCAUUGUAGUGGACAAUAAAGCAUGCUGUGUCUUCAUCUUCCAGCCAAAUGGGAAGAUAGUCACCAGGUUUGGUAGCCGAGGAAACGGUGACAAGCAGUUUGCAGGUCCUCAUUUUGCAGCUGUAAACAGCAACAAUGAGAUUAUCGUUACAGAUUUUCAUAACCAUUCUGUCAAGGUAUUUAACCAGGAGGGAGAAUUCAUCCUGAAGUUUGGAUCAAAUGGAGAAGGAAAUGGACAAUUUAAUGCACCAACUGGAGUAGCUGUAGAUUCUAAUGGAAAUAUUAUCGUAGCAGACUGGGGAAACAGCCGAAUACAGGUUUUUGAUGGAAGUGGAUCAUUUUUAUCUUACAUUAACACCUCUGCCGACCCACUUUAUGGUCCCCAAGGUCUGGCCCUUACUUCAGAUGGCCAUGUUGUAGUUGCAGACUCUGGAAAUCACUGCUUCAAGGUCUAUCGAUACUUACAGUAGCAAUGAGCUCUGGAGCUGGAUGAUCGUCCACCCUUAAGAAAAGACUGGACCUAGAGAUCCAAUGCAGGAUGUCUCCUACUUUAAGUUCAUUUUUAAUAAUGAAGGAGUCUCCUAUGGACUUCUUGUGUUAAUUUCCAAACUUACCUUGUUUACAUAGGACUUACACCUCUUGCGUUUCUCACUGAACUUUGUGUUAUAAGGGUUAAUACACAAAAUCCUCUUUAACUGAAUUGAUAAAGACAACGCGAUAUUAAACACAAACUGCAACUUAUGGAACUGGAAUUAACUAAUUAGGCAAAAAUGAGAAAAAUCUGGGAAAAAUCCCCAAAGCUUUUUGAAGACUGCGAAGGGUAGCUCCUGCUUGGAGCUUCCAAAUUUCAAGAAGUAUCAUUGUUAUGCAUUAUUUAACCCAGAGGUGAUCCUGGGAAUCUUCUAGAUCUCAUUAUCUAUCAUGGUAGGUAUUAUUACACUUUUAACAUUCUCCAGUCGUACUAUCUAUAACAAGUAGGUCCUUUUAGUAUAAGGUUAAGUCUCACAAAAUCCGUCUAGCUCUAACUGUCAGACUAACACAGCUC